AUGAAACCCAAUGGACCAUCUCUCGACACUCUUGCGAUCGUGUCACUAGUGCUGGAGGGGAUAAUUUACGGAGCUUCGCUCAUUUUGUUCACCGUAAUCAUCAGGGUGCUGCUACGGAGAGAUGGUCCGAAACGCGCCUUCGUCUGCAAGCUGACUACUGCGAUUGCCCUAUUCGUCCUAAGCACCAUUCACAUGGCGAUAAACGUGGUGCGCGUCGUGGAGGGGUUCGUCUUGUACCAAGGUGCAUAUCCUGGGGGACCCACUGCGUUCUUCGCGGACGUCAUGCAGUGGAGUUUUAUCUUCAAGACCCUACUUUACCUUUUGCAAACACUAAUUGGAGACGGUGUUGUGAUUUUCAGAUGUUUUGUCGCAUGGCAGUCCUGGAAAGUAGUCGCUUUUCUGAUCGCGCUCUGGUUCGCGGUGGCUGCGUCAGGCGGAGUUAGCGUCUAUCACACCAUCUGUGCUGAUGGAGACAACUACAACCAAGUCGCCCAGUCCCCGCGAGGCAACAGUGUGUGGGCACUUACCUACCUUGUUUCGACCCUCGUAGCAAACUCGGCUGGCACAUUUUUACUGAUCUAUCGCCUCUGGAGCAUCGGACGCGAGGUCACCCUCUCAGCACACCAAGCUGCCCUCCGACAUGGUGACGCGACCCCCGUGUAUACCCGCAGCUUAGUGACGGCGCCGCUAGUGCGUAUCUUCGCAGACGCCGGGCUGCUUUAUUCGGUCACAUUGGUCGGGGUGCUCUUGACCUACACGAUGCAGAACAGGGGAGUUUACGUUCUGCUUGACAUGAUCGUUCCGAUCAUUUCAAUCACGUUCUACAUGGUCAUUCUACGGGUCGAUCUGCACAGCACAUGCGACUGUCCAGGUGAAAUGACCCAGUCAGGCACUGAGAUGCCGACACUCGAGCCUUCGCGGGAUCCUAGGAGCUGUGAUGAGUCUAGUAUAGGACACGUUUCGUUCGAUCAGCCGCCAGAGCCAAUGAAGAGCUUACAGCGAGUGCAGACCAUAGACAACACCUUAAUAGUAUGAU